UGCCCGGUGCUCACCCCCUGUGUCCGCAGGUACCUCCACAUCCUGAUGCUCUUCUGGUCCUUCGUGGCUGGGGUCGUCACCUUCUACUGCUCGCUGGGCCCCGACUCGCUGCUGCCCAACGUCCUCUUCGCCAUCAGUUACAGGCCCAAGCAGGUGGAAUUGCCAGAGCUGUUUCCCCAGGGCCACAGCUGUGCUGUGUGUGGCAAGGUCAAAUGCAAGAGGCACAGACCUACUUUGCUCCUGGAGAACUAUCAGCCGUGGCUGGAUCUGGAAGUGCCUUCCAAGGUUGAUGCAUCACUCUCUGAGGUGCUUGAGUUGGUGCUGGAGAACUUUAUUUAUCCAUGGUACAGGAACAUCACUGAUGAUGAGUCCUCGGUGGAUGAGCUGAGAGGGACGCUGAGAUUUUUCGCAUCUGUGCUGGUUCGGAGAAUCCACAAGGUGGAUAUUCCAACUGUUGUGACCAAGAAGAUGCUCAAGGCAGCAAUGAAGCACGUCGAGGUGAUAGCCAAGGCCAGGCAGAAAGUGAAAAACGCUGAGUUUUUGCAGCAAGCUGCCCUGGAGGAGUAUGGCCCAGAGCUCCACGUUGCCCUGAGGAGCCGAAGAGAUGAACUGCACUACUUGAGGAAACUCACUGAGCUUCUGUUCCCUUACAUUUUGCCCCCGAAGUCGACAGAGUGCAGGUCCCUGGCUCUGCUCAUAAGAGAGAUCCUGCCUGGUUCUGUUUUCCUGCCCUCAAUGGAUUUCUUAGCUGAUCCUGACACUGUCAACCACUUGCUGCUGAUCUUCAUUGACGACAGUCCACCUGAGAUAGCAACGGAGCCAACAUCUUCCUUGGUCCCAUUCCUUCAGAAAUUCGCAGAGCCCAGAAAUAAAAAACCCUCUGUCCUGAAACUGGAGCUGAAGGAGAUCAGGGACCAGCAAGACCUUUUGUUUCGGUUCAUGAAUUUCCUGAAGCAGGAAGGGGCAGUGCACGUGCUGCAGUUCUGCCUGACUGUGGAGGAGUUCAAUGACCGGAUCCUGCGGCCAGAGCUCUCAGACACUGAGAAGAUGUCUCUGCACGAGGAAGUGCAGAAGAUUUACAAGACUUACUGCCUGGAUGAAAGCAUUGACAAGAUUAGGUUUGACCCUUUCAUCGUGGAAGAGAUCCAAAAGAUUGCUGAAGGUCCUUACAUGGACGUUGUGAAGCUUCAGACCAUGAGGUGCCUUUUUGAGGCCUAUGAGCGUGUGCUGUCUCUGCUGGAGAAUGUUUUUACCCCCAUGUUCUGCCACAGCGAUGAGUACUUCCGACACCUCCUGAGAGGAGCAGAGUCGCCAACUCGCAACUCCAAGUUUAACAGGACCACACAGAAGAGAGGAGAAUCCUUCGGAAUCAGCAAAAUAGGCAACAAAAUAAAAGGUGUGUUCAAGAGUUCAGCCAUGGAAGGAGCCAUGUUGCCUAACUAUAACCUAAACGAAGGAGAAGAUGACUUUAUUGAGGAGGGAGUUAUGGUGAUGGAGGAUGACUCCCCUGAGGAGGCAGUGACCACCCCGAACACCCCACGCAACCUGUCUGCCUGGAACAUCAGCAUCCCUUACGUGGACUUCUUUGAGGAUCCGUCCCUGGAGAGGAGGGACAGGAAGGAGAGGAUUCCUGUGUUCUGCAUCGACGUGGAGAGGAAUGACCGACAGGCAGUGGGGCAUGAACCUGAACACUGGUCUGUCUACAGGAGGUAUCUGGAAUUCUAUGUGCUCGAGUCGAAGCUGACAGAAUUUCAUGGUACAUUUCCUGAUGCUCAGCUGCCCUCCAAGAGAAUCAUUGGCCCCAAGAAUUAUGAGUUCUUGAAAUCCAAGCGAGAAGAGUUUCAGGAGUAUCUGCAGAAACUUCUGCAGCAUCCAGAGCUGAGUAACAGCCAACUUUUAGCUGAUUUCCUGUCCCCCAAUGGAGGAGAGACUCAGUUUCUUGACAAGAUGCUGCCUGAUGUCAAUCUUGGUAAAAUCAUAAAAUCUGUCCCAGGGAAGCUGAUGAAAGAGAAAGGGCAGCACUUGGAACCUUUCAUCAUGAACUUCAUCAACUCCUGUGAGUCUCCCAAGCCCAAGCCAAGCAGGCCUGAACUCACCAUUCUGAGUCCCACAUCUGAGAACAACAAGAAGCUCUUCAAUGAGUUGUUCAAGAAUAAUGCAAACCGCUCGGAGAACACGGAGAGGAGACAGAACCAGAACUACUUCAUGGAGGUGAUGACUGUGGAAGGAGUCUAUGACUACUUAAUGUAUGUGGGGAGGGUGGUUUUCCACAUUCCAGACUGGCUGCACCACCUCCUGAUGGGAGGAAGAAUUCUCUUCAAGAACACUCUGGAGCUGUACACAGACUAUUACCUGCACCACAAGCUGGAACAGCUAUUCGAGGAGCACCGGUUGGUGUCCCUGAUAACACUGCUCAGAGACGCCGUGUUCUGCGAGAACACCGAGCCUCGCUCGCUGCAGGACAAACAGAAGAGAGCCAAGAAGACCUUUGAGGAAAUGAUGAGAUACAUUCCAGAUUUGGUUGGCAAGUGCAUUGGGGAAGAGGCCAAAUACGAAGGCAUCAGGCUCCUGUUUGAUGGGAUGCAGCAGCCAGUGCUCAACAAACAGUUAACUUAUGUUCUGCUGGACAUUGGGAUUCAAGAACUCUUCCCAGAGCUGAGUAAGUACUAG